UCUUCUCUUUCCCUUCCCUUCUCCUCCCUCUCUAGCUCUCUCUUGUACCCCAAACCCUAGGGCUCUUCCUCUCACCGCUCCGGCGAUCGCCUCCGCCUUCGCCGCGCCGCUGAUGCCGCUCUUCCUAUCGGACGAGGAGUUCCAGCUCCUCGCCCACGACGCCGCCGCGGUGGCGGAGCGCGCGGACGCCGCGAUCCGCGAGCUCCGGCGCCAGGUCGAAACCGCGCGCGCGGAGGCCGACGCCGCCUCCAUCACCGCCGAGCAGACCUGCGCCCUCCUCGAGCAGCGCUUCGCCGCCCUCUCCGCCGACUUCGACCGCUCCCAGGCCGAGAACGCCCAGCUCGCCGCCUCCGUCGAGCGCCGCCUCUCCGAGCUCGCCGAGGUCCAGGCCGAGAAGCACCAACUCCAUAUCAAGAUCAUUGGGAAGGAUGGAGAGAUAGAGAGGCUAACGUUGGAGGUGGCGGAGCUCCAGAAGUCUAAGCGUCAGUCGCUGGAACUCGUAGAGCAGCGGGACGCCGAGAUCAGAGAGAGGAAUGCUACCAUCCAGAGCUAUCUUGAUAAGAUUGUGAAUUUGACUGACAGUGCUGCUGCAAAGGAAGCUAGAUUAAGUGAGAUUGAAACAGAACUGACGCGUUGUCAUGCGACCUGUAAUCGAAUAACUCAGGAGAAAGAACUGCUUGAAAAACAUAACUCCUGGCUCGAAGAAGAGCUGAAUGCAAAAGUUAACAGCCUAAUUGAACUGCGGAGAUCUAGCAUGGAUGCCGAGGCAAACAUGUCUGCUAAAAUAGCCGAUCUUGAAAGAGAAAUUAGUGAAUCAUCAAAUUCAUUGAAAAGAAGCAAAGAAAGAGUGGUCGAACUAGAGAACAGAGUCUCUUCCUUGGAGAAGGAGCUGUGUGCAUCAAAGGAGGCUGCUGCUGUCAAUGAACAACAGUAUGGUGCUGAAUUGUCUACAGUUACAAAGCUAGCUGAACUUUACAAAGAGAGUUCUGAUGAGUGGUCAAAAAAGGCUGGAGAGCUUGAGGGUGUUAUCAAAGCGUUGGAGACACAUCUUGCCCAAGUUGAAAAUGAGUACAAAGAGAAACUUGAAAUUGAAGCUUCAGCCAGGAAAGAAGUUGAGAAGGAAGCUGCUGACUUGAAAGAGAAACUUCGAAGAUGUGAAGCUGAACUUGAGAAUGCAAGGAAGGCUAAUGAAUUGAGUCUCCUGCCAAUGGCCAGUUUUCCUACUGAUUUGAACAUGAAAGAACUAUUAAUGGGUGAAGCUGAUAGUGAUAAGACAGAUGAGACUGAGCAGAUGAUUGUUCCUAAAGUUCCUGUUGGGAUUUCCGGGACUGCAUUAGCUGCUUGUCUUCUCCGGGAUGGUUGGAGUCUUGCUAAAAUGUAUGAAAAAUAUCAAGAAGCUGCUGAUGCUCUGCGACAUGAGCGGUGGGGCCGGAAACAUGCAGAAGCUGUUUUGGAAAGGGUUCUGCAUGAGAUAGAAGAGAAAGCUGAGCUAAUUUUAGAUGAACGGGCUGAACACGAGAGAAUGGCAGAAGCAUACUCCCUGAUGAAUCAAAAACUGCAGCAGGCAUUGUUGGAGCAUGACAAUUUUGAGAGUACUAUUAGAAAUCUCAAGGCAGAGUUGAGAAAACAGGAACGUGAUUAUGAUAUUGCACAGAAGGAAAUUGAUGAUCUUCAGAAGCAAGUAGCAGUCCUGUUAAAAGAAUGCCAAGAUAUUCAACUUCGCUGUGGUGCCAACCUAUCAAGUGACUUAGAUACUCAUGUUUCUACAAGAUCAGCAGAUGUUACCUAUGGCAUUCAAGCUGAAAAAGCUGUUUCUGCACAUAUGACUUUUAAGGACAUAAAUGAAUUAGUUGAGCAAAAUGUGCAACUCCGGGGCCAAGUGCGUUGCCUUUCUGUUGAGGUUGAGAAAAAGGAUGCAGAAUUAAGGGAGGGUUUCCAAAUUGAGCUGCAGAAAGUGACUGAUGAGGCAAAGUCCAAGAUUGAAGCUGUGCUUAAGAGAUCAGAAGAGCAAGGAUGCAUAAUCGAGUCACUUCACAGCUCUGUUGCCAUGUACAAGAGGCUGUAUGAAGAAGAACAUAAACUUCGUACUUCUAGCAAUACUUUAUUAGAAUCUAUUCCAGAAGACGGCAAGAAGGAGCUCAUGCCUUUAUUUGAAGGCUCUCAGGAUGUUUCAAAAAAAGCGUACGAACAACUUGCUGAACGUGCUAAGAAUCUUGAGCAGGAAUUGACCAAGUUAAGGAGUGAGCUCACUACAUUGCGAACAGAACGUGAUAAAAUGGCUUUGGAAGCCAAUUUUGCUAGAGACCGGCUUAAUAGUUUCAUGGCAGAGCUUGAUCAUCAGAGGAAGGAAGCCAAUGCAGUUUCAGGUAGAAAUGUGGAGUUGACACAAUUAUUGGUUGAUUACCAAAAGAGACUACGCGAAAGUAGUGAUUCUCAACAAGCCUCUGAGGAUAAGUUGCGAAAGCUAUCAAUGGAGGUAUCUAUUUUGAAGCAUGAGAAGGAGAUCUUAGUGAACUCGGAGAAGAGAGCUUUGGAUGAAGUGCGCAGUUUGAUAGAGAGAGUUCAUCGUCUUCAGACAAGCCUUGACACGAUACAAACCACUGAGGAGGUUCGUGAGAAUGCGAGAGCUGUGGAAAGGAGAAAUCAGGAAGAGCAUGUUAAACGAAUUGAAAGAGAGUGGGCAGAAGCUAAGAAGGAGCUUCACGAAGAACGUGAUCGUGUUCGUGCCCUAACGCUUGAAAAAGAAAAAGCUAUAGAGACAACUGUUCAUCAAGUAGAAGAAAUGAGAAAAGAAUUAACUGACGCAUGGCGUGCGGUUUCUUCUGCUGAAUCAAGGGCUGCUGUAGCAGAGGCUAGAUGCUCAGAUUUGGAGGGACGGAUCAAUGGAAGAAAGAGCAUAACAAAGGAUGGCGCCCAUGAUGACUCAUUGUUGUCCUCCAAUGAGGUUACUGAGGAGCUGUGGAAAGCAAAAGAGGAAAUGGAAAAACUGAGAGAGGAAGCUCAAGCAAACAAGAAUUACAUGUUGCAGUACAAAGAAAUAGCCCACACAAAUGAAGUGGCACUGAAGCAAAUUGAGUCUAGGCAUGAGGAGUACAAGGCAGAGGCUGAAAGAUUGAAGAAGACUUUUGAAGAUGAAGUUUUGUCCCUAAGAAAUAAGCUGUCUGAAAUGGAGAAGAACUAUGUAUUGAAGUCUGAAGAAGCAAGCUCACUUAUUGAAGCUAAAGAAAAAGAACUCCUUUCUGUAUUGGCUGAAACUUCGGCCUUAAGAGAUGAAGUUGCUCAGAAAGUAACACGAAUAGAGAUGCUAGAAAUUCAAGUAUCCUCCCUGAAGGAUGAUCUUGAUCAGGAACAUAAACGCUGGAGAACUGCCCAAGACAACUACGAGAGACAGGUUAUUCUGCAAUCUGAGACUAUCCAGGAGUUGACGAGUGUUUCCAAAGAACUGUCUUCAUUGCAAUCUGAAAUGGCAAAGCUCCGAGAUAUUUCAGAUGCACAAAAAGUUGAAAAUGAUGCCCUGAAAUCAUCAUGGGAACAUGAAAAGCUGGAAUUACAGAGAGAUAAGGAUGAAGCGCAAAGGAAGUAUAAUGAAAUCAAUGAACAGAAUAAAAUAUUGCACAAUCAGCUCGAGUCUUUGCGCAUUAGAUUAGCUGACAAGGAACGUAGCUUCGCUGGAUUGUCAUCCCAAACUGCAGAUUCGCAAACGGAGAGUGAUUUGCAAAAUGUUAUUAGUUAUCUACGCAGAUCGAAAGAAAUAGCAGAAACUGAACUGUCGUUGUUAAAGCAAGAGAAGAUACGGCUUCAAUCCCAUCUAGAAAAUGCAUUAAAGGCCUCCAAGGAGGCUCAAGCCUUGCUACAUUCUCAAUCUGAGAAUUUUCAAACAACAGUUUUUAAAGAUGAAGAAUUCAAGUCCUUGCAGCUCCAGGUAAGAGAGAUUAAUUUGCUUCGAGAAAGCAACAUACAGCUGCGAGAGGAGAACAAACACAACUUUGAAGAAUGCCAGAAACUCCGCGACGAAGCACAAAAAGCUAAAAUGGAAGCCGAGAGAUUGCAUAAUCUUUUACUUGAGAAGGAGCUAGAAUUUGAGGCUUGCCAGAAGGAGGCUGAGACGCAAAAGAUGGAGACACAACACCUCAACAAUAGGAUUGCCGAGUUAGUUGAAAGUUAUAAGAGCAUCGACCUCAAGGAAUAUGAACAUAUGAAGGAUGAGCUUCAGAGUAUCAAGGUACUCCUGAGAGAGAAGGAGACUGAGCUUGAGCUGACAAAGAAUCUUGUUUCAGAGAAGCAAGAAUUAAUUUCUAAGCUGGAAGAAAACCUUGCUAGAUGUCAAUCAGAGUUAGCUGAAAGAGAAAACAAGUUAAAUGAUGCUUUUCAAGUUGAGGCAAGUAUCAAAAUGGAAAUCGAGAAGCAGAAGAAGAUCAUUUCUUCUUUGAAGAAGAAAAAUGAGGUGCUGGCGAAGGAAAAGGAGGAACUUAGCAAGGAUAAACAAGGCCUUUUAAAACAGAUAGAGGAUCUUAAAUCAACAGGCAGGAAGACCUUAAAUGAAACUUUGAUUGAUCAGGCCGCUAAGGAAAAGGAUACAAGGAUUCAGAUAUUGGAGAAGACUUUGGAGAGGGAGAGAGACGAUCUGCGGAAGGAGAGGGAUGACAACCGGAAAGAGAAAUUAAAGCGGCAAAAGACUGAGAAGACGGUGCUAGAUCUUAUUCAGACGGUCAACAAGGAUAAGAAGAAGGUUGAAGAAGAGCUUGCAAAGCAUAAACAGGCUAUCGUCAUCAUGUUGGAGAGUACUGGAAUAACAGCUUCUCAACUUCCAUCUGGGAGCACGCUAGAUGAACAAACUUUUGCAUACUUUCUCUCCGUUGAUAGCUUUGAAGACGCUGCCAACUCCUUGCUAAAUGACGGGUCAGGAACUCAGCCUCUCCCACCCGAAACUUCAGCAGCAGAUACUUCUUUAGCAGCUGCAGGUCGGCAGGUUCCUCCUACUACUGCACAGACCAGACAAUCUGUGACUCCUCAAGGUAAAGCAACAGAGGAAAAAACUGGAACUACUGUUGUCAAACCUAGUACUGAAGUUCGCAAGGCAGGAAGAAGGCUUGUACGUCCCCGUCUUGAGCGGCCCGAAGAGUCUCAAGCUGAUAUAGAAAUGUCGGCAGCGGAGGGGCCUGUGGUGACAGAGGACCGCAAGCCCAGCUCAUCUCAUGAACCAGAACUAUCAGGUGUAAUAUUGUCUUCAUCACACCCGCCGCCUUCUCGCAAACGUAUGGCCUCUUCAUCAGUCUCUGAGCCAAAAGAAGAAUCGGUAGCACAAGAUGAGGCUGGCACUGAAACUGUUCCUCCUUCAAAGAAAUCUAAAGAUGCAGAUUUUGAUGUACAAUCUUCUGAAAUCCCGGCCAUAGCACAAGAGCCAGCGGGCCCAUCAGCUGACAACUUUGAUGCAAAAUCGCCUAUGGAAGACGUGGAUACUGAUGAGAUUGUAGAGGCAGCAGGGGAGGAAGAGAUGGCAAACAAGGAUGAAGUAGAGGAGCAUCAAAGUGCGCCAGUCGAUGGCAUGAAUCAAGAAAACGAGGCUCAAUCUGAAGAAGAUGCGACUAUGGAGGAGGUUAGAGAUAAGUCAAAAGAUGCGGGGGAGUUGAUUGAUGAGGGCCCAAGGAGUGAAGAUCCGAAGGAAAUAAUGCCCCUUGAUGUUGAAGACGAUAGAGAGGAAGGCGAGCUGAUGCCGGAUGAACCUGAGCAGCAAAUAGAGGAGGCCGCGUCAGGAGAAGGACACAGUGAGUCUACUCCUAGCGAUGGGGUUAAUGCUAUUGAUGAAACCCCAGAAACUGUGGAGCCUGCUUCCCCUGAACCUGUGACUGAAAAGAGUGAAAACGCUGAUGUCUUAGAGGAGGUUACAGAAGGCAAUAAUAACAAUAAUAAUAACAAUAGCACUGGUCCGGGCAUCACUGAAACUGAGCUAAGUUCUCCAAUACUAUUGGGCGUACGCGAAGGAUCACCUAGUACGCUUCCCCAAGCAUCACCAUCACGAGUCCGUGAGAGUUCUCCAAGUUCACUUCUGCCUCACAGUGCAGCUCCAGAACAGCAGGGUUCCAGUACUGUUUCAGAAACGGAAGAACCACGGGGCCGCGGAAGAACAAUUAGUAUAACGGAGAGAGCUAGACAGAAUGCCCCUCUCAGACAAGCCAGGAUGGCGGCAGCUCAAACUACUCCCAGAGGUCGGGGUAGACCAGCUGGUGGCUACAGGGCUAAUCGGGGGGCGCGUGGCCGAGGUGGUCGUGGACAAUCAUAACGUUUCAUAGUCAUGUUAUAGGCAGCGGCUUAAGUUUAUGACAGGCUUUCGAUGCACUGGGUAGUUAUAUUUAUGGGUGCUUUUAUUUGCCAACCAAUUCACAUUGGCAUAUAAAUUUCCUAAACUUUGUCUGUUAAAGUUAUAGAACCGGAAAUUUUUUGCUGCUUAAUGCACCAUAACUUAGGCAUUAACCUUGGACUGCUAUCUGUGAGGUCUUAACACCAAACCGCUCUCUUUCUUGUUUUUGUAGCUUUGUAAUUGUUGUUGU